AUGGUAUAUUAUAUUCGGUUCCUGAAGACGCCGCGCUUCCAGCAGCAGACAAAAUCGGUGUUUAUCUCCGCCCUGAUCUGCAUCACUACGGACCUGGGCGACGAUUUCCUCGCCGAGGAUGUGGACUUGACGGCGACAUGGGUACAGCAUGCCUCGCACAAAGUUCGUUAUCAGACGCCUGUCAAAUGGCUGGCUGGCUCGCGCCAAUUGCCUAUUUUGCUCGGACCCUUCGCGCCGAAGGAUGUGGCCGGACAAACAGCAGCGUUGAAAAUUCAACUCUCCGAUGUCGAGAAAGAUAUUUUAGAAAAGCAUACUACCCCCCUGGUCGUAUCGGGAUGCAGCGCGCCCUUUGGACCAAGCUGGGAACCCGCUGAGCAAUUGAUUCGGCGGGAUUUGAACAUCGCAAGCACCGUGCGACCCUUGAGAAUCUGGGAAGAAACUGGCAACAGCAUUGCCCGGCAUAUUUGGGAUGCCGCUCUUGCAGCCGUUAUUUUUCUUGAGCAGGUCAUCACCGGCACGGAGAAGAGCAUGCCCGCCCUCAGCCAGUCCCUAACCCCUCGCCGCUCGCCACUCCAGGUCGUCGAGCUCGGCGCUGGCUGUGGCAUCGUUGGCAUUGCACUGGCCACCAUGCUUGCCAAUUGCGAGGUGCUGCUCACCGAUCUUCCGGAGGUCUCCGAGAUCGUCACCCGCAAUAUCAACGACGCCUCGCCGAAGCCGUCGGCGUCCAUCAAGUUCCAGACGCUCGACUGGGAUGAGCCGACGCCGAACCUCACCCGCGGGCCCAUUGAUUUGAUCGUAGUCUCGGACUGUACGUACAAUGCAGACAGCCUGCCAGCGCUGGUGUCUGUCCUCGAUCGAUUGGUCCGGGGGUCCCCGGGGGCAGUGGUGCUCGUGGCCCUAAAGCGACGGCAUGACAGUGAGGCGGUCUUUUUCGAUCUGAUGAGGACGGCCGGCUUUGUGUCCCAGCAGGCGCAAGUGCCGUUGCCGGCGCAGUGGGAGCAGGUUGAUCAGAUUGAAAUGUACUGCUACCAGAAGGCGUCUGGGGUGGAGAAGGGGGCAUAA